UACCUUUAAAUAAAUCUUUUUUUCUAAAUUAACAGUUCUCCCUCAUUCCUUGUGGAAAGUUGUUGUCAAAUCUGAGUAUAAAUCAAACAUCACCACCUGCUGGUGACUAAAGGAAAUGUCAGCUACUUACACAAUAAAAGGAGAGGAAGUGAAACUUAAAGCUGAUUUGCUUCCUCGUUGCUGAACGGAGCCAGAGACGCAUCACAGGGUGAGAUAUCUCUACUAAACACAAGAACCAUCCAGAUCUGUUAUUCAGAGGGACUCAGAUUUAAUAAUUUAGAGCAAAUGGCGGAAAAUACUGUUCUUUUUGAAAGUUCCCUGAGCUGCCAUGUUUGUUCAGAGACCUUCAGAGAUCCCGUGUCUCUGAGCUGCAGCCACAGCUUCUGUUCAAGCUGCCUGCAGCGAUUCUGGGAACAAGCUGGAAACAAGAACUGUCCCAUUUGUAAAACUAAGUCCUCAACGGAUGAACCAGCAGUGAACUUAUCGCUGAAGGGACUCGCUGACUCCUUUGCUGGGAGACAGAAAACUGGAUCAACUGAGACGGAAAGAGGAGAGAAGAAGGUGGAGGUGGUGUGUGAAGACCAUCCAGAAGUCCCUUAUUGGUUCUGUGUGGACGAGCAGAAAGCUGUGUGUCCUGUCUGUGAGUUCUCUCUCCACCAGAGUCACAAGGUGGUUCCUCUAGAACAAGCAGUGAGGAACCUGAAGGACCAGCUGAGACCUGACUUGGAGUCUCUGCAGGACAAGAAGAAAAAACACCAACAAGUGAAGAAAACAUACAAUAAAGUGAUUCAAUUCUCCAAGAAGCAGCUGGUGUCCACAGAGAGGAAGAUCAGAGCAGAGUUCAAGAAGCUCCACCAGUUCCUGAAAGAGGAAGAGGAGUCCAGACUGGCAGCUCUGAGGGAGGAAGAGGAGCAGAAGGAGAAGACCAUCAGCAGAGAGAUGAAGAUGAUUGAGGAGCAGAUCUCCUCUCUGUCAGACAGCAUCUCUGCUGUUGAAGAAGACCUGCAGAAACACAAGGUGUCGUUCCUCAGCAGUUAUAAAGCCACUCAGACCAGAGCCAGAGUCCAGAGCUCACUGACAGAUCCACAGCUGCUCUCAGGAGCUCUGAUAGAUGUGGCCAAACAUCUGGGCAACCUGUCCUUCAGAGUCUGGGAGAAGAUGAAGGACCAGGUCCACUUCAGUCCUGUCAUUCUGGACCCAAACACUGCAAAGAAUAAUCUCUCUCUGUCUGAUGAUCUGACCAGUGUGAGACAUGGAGCCACAAAGCAGCAGCUUCCUGAUAAUCCAGAGAGAUUCACUAACUAUGCAGAAGUUCUGGGCUCUGAGGGCUUCAGCUCAGGGAAACACAGCUGGGAGGUGGAGGUGGGAGACCAUCCUCUAUGGUAUGUAGGUUUGGUUAAAGAGUCACUUGACAGGAAGGGAGAGACGGGUGUUUCACCAAAAGAUGGAUGCUGGUGUUUAGAUCAUGAUGGUGGAAAAUACACUGAUGGAGGUGGUCAGACUGUCAGAGUGAAGAAGAGUCUCCAGAGGAUCAGAGUCCAGCUGGACUAUGACAGGGGGGACGUGUCCUUCUACGACCCUGAAGACAAGACUCACAUCUACACUCACAGAGACACUUUCACUGAGAAACUCUUCCCAUGGUUUAAUAUUGGAGAAUCUGGUGAUGCUAAAACUGCUGAAAUCAAGAUCUGUUGAACUGAUGUUUCUCUGUGAUGUUCAGUGAAGGUGGUGAGGUCAAAGUGACUCAUCAGUAGGUUGAUUAUAGUUUGUUGUUGUAUUCUGUAAAUAUUUUCAAAUUAAAGAAAGAAGAGAAACUAAAGCAUAAAUAAACAGAAUGUUCUGAAUGGUUUUUUUGUUUGUUGUAAAUAUCCUUCAAGUACAGACGAGUAGAUUUACUGGGAUCAUUUUAUUUUGAAAUCUAAAACUAGUUUUUCAACAAGGUUAGGUUUGCAUUAAAAAGGCUUUAGUUUUAUAGUAAAAUGUUCAGUUUCAUAAAUAAAUGGUUUUCUUCCUUCAGAAGAUGUUAUUUUAGCAAUCGUUCAUCAAAUGAUAAAAAUACACAAAUCAUUUUCCUGUAUUUGCUGUUUAACUGUAGCAUCUUUAAUGUUGUGUUUCCAGAGUUCUACUGAAUAAAAUCCUUUAUUCUCAUCCACACCUUUGUGUUCCAUUCCUCAUGCUGUGCUCCUCUCAUUGUUUAAUUCUGGGUUGGUGUUGGUUGAUGAGAUGUAGAAGUACGUACAAGAGGUGAGGGACACUGUGCACCAACACUGCUGAGCUG